AUGUUAUUAUUAACAUUUCUUCUUAUACAAUUGAAAAUAAUAUGGAUUUUUACUGCCAAUGAUGGUAGUAAUUUUCCAAAGGAUAUGAAUUUAUAUGUUACAUUUCCACCUAUUCUUGAACGUCGUGAAUCAAUUCCUCUUGGUCAUCUACGUCCAUUGGGUUGGCAACGGCGAGCUGAAUCACCUAUACUAGAAGAUUCACUUAAUAUGGAACCAGCUCGUUUUUAUCAUUUAUAUGUUCAAGGUAAUCGAUCAGUAGUUAUACGUGGUAUGGUUCCAUCAUUAGAUGUUUUAUGGACAGAUAGUUAUUUAUCAAAAACUUAUGGACAUUUAAAUGUAACUGUUGCUACACGAAAACAACGUCUUGUUGAUACAUUAACAAUGAUGUCAUUAGAAAUAUUUCUUGAACAAUAUCGACAUGAUGAUUUAUAUAUGAAUACAAUUAUACCUGAUGAAAUGAAACAUGAAACACCAUUACCAUCACUUAUUAAUUGUGGAACAUUUCGUGAUCGUUUAUUAGAACCUGUUCUAUGGAUAAGUGCUGGUGAUACAGCAUCACUUUUACUAGCACAUUCACAAAAUACAUUACAUUGUGUAUUAGAUGGUAGAAAAGAUUUUAUUAUUUAUGAUUUUUCAAAUCAAUCUCCACGUGAUUUUGAUCUUAUACGACAAACAAAUGGUGAUUUUUAUUCUCGUAUUGAUGUGGAUUUAGUUAAUGCAUAUAAAUAUAAAUGUUUACAUAAUAUACCAUGGUAUUGGGCUACAUUACGUGAAGGUGAUUGUUUAUUUAUUCCAGCAUAUAUAUUUCAUGAAGUACGAGCACAUGGUCGAACAAUUGCUUUAUCUAUUGAUAUGGCACCACCAGAUACUCGUGAUGAUUUUAUUGGCAAUGAUUGUGAAAAAAAUCCACCUAUUUAUGUUUCAUUAAAUAAAGGACAAUUUCAAUGGAGAUAUGAACAUGGUACUCGUCAUUUAUCUAAACGAACAAUUACUAUUGAAGAUGCACGUGCUUAUCUACUUCUUUUACUUGGUAGAAAUGAUCAAUUAUAUAAAGAUAUAUUUCGUGAAUUUUUUCAUCAAGCAACAUAUGAAUUAGCAAAACAAGAUUUAACAUUACCAACAGCAAAUGAUCUAUGGAAACAAUUAAAUAAUGAUGAAAAUAAUGAAGAAUAUAUAACUAGAAGCCGAUUAAAAAGUAUACCAUCUAAUAUUUUACAAUUAUUAGCUGAUAUUCUUCAAAAAAGUGCUCGAAUUCAUGAAUAUGAUAAAUUUGAACUUUAA